AUGAAGCCUCAUGGAAAUUCAAAGCAAAAAACUGCACCUGUGUACCGUAGAGUUGCACCGAGUUCAUUACAAAGGAUGACAAAUAUGGCAAAUUCAUCUAGGUAUUCAACCAAAUCAGUAAUCAAAAAUUUUAUUGAGGAAGAAGGUGGAAUAGAAAAUAUUCAUGCACAGGAUAUCCCAAGAAAUGAGCAACAAAUAAGGAAUUUGAAACGAAAAAUGAAAGAUGAUGAUACAGAUGAAAUAAAUGAAAUUCUACAUGAAUUUGAUGUUCAACGCGACAAUUUUAUCAGGAAAAUAGACAUCCGACCAGACUUUAUAGUUGUUUUAGCGUCUGACCAACAACUAAAAGACUUAAAUCGCUUUUGUACAAGACAUCCAUGCUCUAUAUUAGGAAUUGAUCAUACGUUUCAUUUUGGCGAAUUUGAUGUUACCGUGACAACGUAUCGAAAUCCCAUGUUACAGGAUAUUACUCCAGAAAAAGAACUAAGAAACAUGAAAGCUAUGGGCACUGAUGGUGAAGUUGCCUUGGCAAAUGCCUCACUAAUGGCAUUUGAAAGUGCUACUCAACUCAGGUGUUUUAAUCACAUUCAAAGGAAUAUUAAGAACAAGCUUCAAGAAAUUGGUGUGUCAAAAGAGAAUAAAAAGAUAGUUAUUUCAGACAUUUUUGGAUCAUUAGCUGAUACUGCACUUAGAUAUGCUGGACUGGUAGACUGCCUAACAAACAUAGAAUUUGACCAAAAAUUAGAAACAUUACAAGAAAAAUGGGACACCUUAUCUCCUAAUUUUUAUAUGUGGUUCAAGAGACAUUAUGCAGAUAAUUUCAAAUCACAUGUCAUCCAGUCUGUAAGGAAUGUGGCUGGGCUUUCAAGAUCUGAGUGCUACACAACAAAUGAUAAUGAAAGCAUGAAUAGUGCCUUACAGAAGGCAAAGGAAAGUUGUAGCCGUAUAUAUACUCCUUUGGAGGUAACAAAUGGUCUUAGUUCCUCACCAGACUCAUGUGGUAUUACAGAUGUCCAGGAAAAUAUUAUUAAGGACAUUUGGGAAAAAGCAGAAAGAUUAUUACAAAAGGAAUUCUCCAUUGUUUUUAUCCCUGAGUACCCAGAUGCCAGAAGAGUAAGUAGUUUGUCCAAUCCUAAAACAUGCCAUUUUGUGGAAAUUUGUAGGAAGACAGGAAAUAUCAAGUGUGAAUGUCAUUUGAAUAAACUUCACAAAAUUUGCCAUCAUGUACUAGCGGUUGCAGAGAAUGCUGGAGUAUCGGAUGAUUAUUUACAAUGGAGACAAAAGAAGAAAACAACUCCCUCUCUAUCACUAGCAGUAAAUACCACUUUGCCAAAAUCAGCUGGGCGAAAACCAAAUGAAAAGAGAGGGUGGGCCAAGAAGAAAGCUACAUGUACCAAACCAUCCGACCUUUCAGUCAUUGAACCUUUCCAAGUGGACACUGAGAACAAUUAUAUAUUCCGAUUUUUAAAAAAUACCAGGAUAAUGGUGUGUUAUGGUUGUGGAAAAAGAUUUCGUUCAUCAACUGCAGAAGUUCCUAAUCCUCCAUUUGACAUAGUUCUUGCCAAAAAUAGGAGUAUAGGAAUUAUGUCAACGAACUUGGCCAGCUUAAACUGUCACUCAGGCGGGAAUUUGUCCAUUACCAUAUUAACACACAGUGUAUUUUGAAAAAAAGAUCUAUUGUUCGAUGGACAGAAAAUUCUAGUUACACAUAAUGUA